AUGGCUCAAUCGCGUGUCAUCGAGCUAGGCAAUGUCCUCGUCGUCGGUGGAUGCGGUUUCGUUGGCGCCCAUGUCGUCGACCAGCUGUUGAACUUCCCAUCCGAAGAGUCGCUGCCCGAUAAGCCGGCUUCCAGAAUCUUAGACGCAAACGGGAACCCCGACUCCCGUUUCGCACACCCUCGCCUGCGCGGCCGAUACCCGUCAUAUAAAAACACCAAAGUGUCCGUCCUCGAUCUUCGGACGGCUCAUAACCGAUUUCCCGGCGCAGAAUACUAUGAUGCCGAUAUCCUAAACACGGAACAAUUGCUGGAGGUGCUCAGAAUUGUGAAGCCGGAUGUCAUAAUUGACACAGUAUCUCCACCGCCGCUAGAAGGGGAGAGGGAAAUGCUUUAUAAUGUGAAUGUUAACGGAACGAAGAAUCUGCUAGAGGUUGCUGGUGGUGCAAAGGGAGAUUGGGGUGGGAAAUGCAAAGCUUUUGUCUACACGAGUUCAUCAUCGGUGGUUCAUGACACCCAAGGAGACUUAAUAAAUGUUGAUGAAAGAUGGCCCAAGAUCGUGGGAAAGCUCCAGCAAGAAUAUUAUACUGAAACCAAGGCGCUUGCGGAAGAUAUCGUGUUGAAAUAUAACGGUGCUUCCCCAUCCGGCAUGUUGACGGUUGCUAUCCGACCGGCUGGCAUUCAUGGUGAGCGCGAUACCACUCUCACGAAGAAACUGGUCGAACACGGCUCCAAGGCAUCCCCUCUCGUCCUAUCCUUCCAGCUCGGUGACAAUGAUAACCUAUUCGACUUCACUUAUGUCGGCAACAUUGCAUAUGCGCACAUGCUUGCAGCACAGCUACUCCUCGCCACGAAGAAACGAGCAGAAGCAAAGGCAACACCACCACUCGACCACGAACGUGUCGACGGCGAGGCAUUCAACAUCACAAACGACAGCCCUGUGUAUUUCUGGGACAUGGCUCGCUCUAUCUGGGCUCUCAUGGAUCGUUAUGUCGAACCUAGUCAGGUUUGGGUUCUGCCCGAAGGAGCACUUACUGUUAUUGGAGGAAUCCUAGAAACAGUAUUUGGAUUGUUUGGGAAGAAACCACGUCUUACUCGCCGAGAAGUUCGAUACUCGUGCAUGACGAGGUAUUUUUCCUGUGACAAGGCGAAGAGGAGAUUGGGAUAUGUCCCCUAUGUCCCACUUGAUGAGGGUGUUGCUAGGUCUGUUGGUUUCAUGUUGGAGCAGACUAAGAAUGUCGAGGCAAAGAAACAGCUAUAG